AUGAGGCUUUAUAACUCGAUCCUUCUUCGCUGCCCCAACUAUUUUUUCAUCCCUUUACGAGGUAGAAAAUAUUAUAUAAAUUGGAGAAGCCAUGAUCAGCUCACGGACUACCAAAAUUUAACCAGGGGAUGGCCUAGCGUAUAUGAACAAUGGCAUUCCGAAUUAAAAGAUUCGAUUCUACCAUCCGAAUUCCAAGCAUUAGAUAUUAACAGACUUCCACGCCACCUACGCUCUAGGUCCAAAUGCAAGGUAGAACCUUUUCUGCCUAUAGAAGUUGAAGGAACACCACUUGAUUACAAGCGGCGCCUUUAUGCCUUAUAUGGUUCGUCUAGCUUGGUUGAUCCGUCGGAAUUGUUCCCCACCAGCCGUGACAUUAAAUAUGAGCGCCUUAAAGAAAGUCAGUUUGAAAGACCGGUUAUGGAAGUAAUCAAUGAAAAGAAAGAUGAAAAAGAAGCAUUUAAGCUGAAGGUGGCUCAGACAAUGAAAAACAUACAAAGGGAAAUGGAAAAGAUGCCAAAGCUCAUUGAAAAGCUCAAUUCUCAUCAAGCGGCCUUAAGGGAAAAUAAAAUUUUACGCGAAUCUAAAAAUAAAGAGCUAUUAGAAGAGGCUCGGGAUCGUUUUGGAUAUCGAGUCGAUAUAAGAGAUGAAAAGUUCCUAAAGCUGAAACAAGAGAAGUUUCAGGAAGAAAUUGAAGAUAAGAAAAGGAUAAAAAGAGGAAAAAAGUCUGCACAACGUUGA